CUGCAAUGACAACGGUGUUACGCGACAAACAAGAAAUGGAACAUUCCGAGUGGACACCGGAAGAGGAAUCGCAUCUGUUUCUUGCCAUGGAAGGUGUCAAACCGGUCGGAGUAAACAAACAUUUCUACAUGGCUUGUAUCGUGGAACGGCUGUCGAAAUCGCUGCAGCGUGAUAUCGGUAGUGAUGCCGUCUGGUCUCACCUUGGUACGCUUUAUAAUCUGAAAGCUUUGGACGAGCUGGAACCUUUACCGUUUCUGAACGAAGAGUGUGAUUUCUGUCUACCGGAAGCGGAAUUCAGUGCUGCUUUCGCGAAACGACGACUGGAAGAUUCCGAGCGCGGUACCGCCUCUACCGUACCAGGCGAACACGAUUCCAAGAAGGUAGAAACAAAGGCGGAGGCGGCAAUUGCGAAAACGUGCCCUUCCAGAACGCCUGUACCAUCAGCUCGGCAAGAAGGCAAAGAUGGAGAUAAGGAAGAUAAAGACACGAAGGACCGUGGUGGUGAAGUUGGGUCGAGUAAAAUUAAACUUAAGAAUUAUGAUAACUCCGGAGGGCACGAUAGUGGACCGAAACGAUCGCAAAAACGGACCCGUGGAUCAAUGUCCACCGAGGCGAGUCUUUCGAAUGCUUCGAGCCCAGCCAAUACACCGCCAAAUGGUCCCAAUACGAAACGUCGACGAAUUUAGCUGAUGUUUUUUUGUUGUUG